AUGGAGAGCCGCCCCAGCUUGAACCUGAUCGACAACACAUCCCCGAACCGUCGACUCUCCGACGAUGAGGGCCUUUCGGAGAUCACCACAGCUGAUGACCUGUCAAGAAAUACAUCCAGGAGAUGGAAGAAACCCUCAGUACGGCGCGAGCUGACCAAGCGCAAAUAUAAAAAAUGGCAGCCAAAGAAUCUAGGAAUCACAGACGACGACGACGCAGACAGACGCCCUUCGGACGCCAGACUAUCUCUAACAGCCACAUACACUAACACUGAGGGCGAAAGCCUUGCCGAUAUUUCGACUUUGCCAACUAGCGAACAGCGUGAUUUCGGGGCCGCAGACCAAGAAAAUGGCGGCCCUGGAUCAGUGACCGGCCAUGGUGUCAGUGGCCUCAAACCAGGUACCGAGCUAGACAUUCUUUACGAGAACCAGCGGGGCUGGUUUUUCUUUGGUAUCCCUCUUUAUUCUCACGGUUCUCUUCUCAACUUCGAUCCAGCUGCCUGGGUCACCUACGACUUUCGAGAUAGUCCGGUCAAUAUCACAAAUGCGCAGGUGCCGGAUCCGAGCUGGGAGUGGGCGUGGAAGACAUGGUUCGUGGAUAUGUCUGGCGAUGUGGAUGAUCAAGGCUGGCAGUAUUCUUUCUCUUUUAGCUCGUCAGCCUGGCAUGGAUCCCACCCUUGGUUUCAUUCGUUUGUUCGCCGGAGGCGAUGGGUCAGAUUACGGGUUAAGAAAGCCUCGGAAAGAAGCCGUCGCGGCCGGUCAGGCUUUGAGAUGGCUCAUAUGCUCAACGAAGACUACUUUACUAUCCAUACCGCCAAGAAGAAGAGAGCAGCAAGUGCAGGACGGGGUUCCCAAGGGCCAUCCACCCAUUUGAGUCGAGCGACGACCACUGUGGACGAAGAAGGUCCUCUAGAAGAGAUCGGGAAUAUUCCAACACUCAUGAGUGCCCUGAGAAAUGCAAAGAUAGACCGUGAGAAGUUCGAUAUCCUCAGAAGGUUUGUGGCGGAUGGAGGUCAAGAGUUAUACUAUUUAGAUGGAAAGAUGCAAGAUAUAAUGGCACUGUUUGUCUUCCAAGCCUCGCGCUGGCAACUAGUGACCCACUUGACUGGCAUCAUCGAGGAGCUGUCUGGGAAGGAGCCCGAGUCUAGUGGUAUGGAUGCAGAGGAAACCCGACGGCAAAAAGACUACCUCACCAAAGCUGUAACCACAGCAAAGCGUUACCUCACUGGGCCUGAGAUCCUCGCUUCUGAAGGACGAGUUCCUGCUCGGGAAAUGUCAGAGAUGUUGGAUUUGACUCCGGAAGCGAAGAGGGAAAACAGUGUUGCGGCUGGCCCCGACGAACCUCUCCUGUUCCUCUACCCCCGUUGGUUUACAGCUGCAGUCCGCCAACGGAGGUCAAUCUCAUCAAUUAAGUGCACUUCUAAAUGUACAGCGAGACUAUGCAACGCAGGCGGGUUCGUUCCGGGGACGCGCCGGAGGUUGUCACUCGGGGGGUCUACGAAACGGUGGGCGUCGAGUAGCAAUGCAGCCAAAACCGAUGUGAUUGAGGAGGCUGGAAGCUCGCAGCAGAACGAUCAAGCUACUACUACACCAGAUGGUGGACAAGAUGGGUGGACAGGGGGUGAAGUAAACCGCGACGGUGUGAGUCCGCCGAAAAACGCCACGAGUUCAAAGCCUUCAUUGCCCGAUUCGACAGAAAAGAGCAAGUUGCACGAAGACAGACGAAAACGCUUGUUCAAUAUAUUUGCCGAUAUCGACUCGAAACCUCCCCGUCCAACACCACCGCCUCCUCCGAAAUCCAAUGCCCCGAGAGCAAGAGACCUGAAAACACAUACGCGGCCAUUGGCAGCCCCUCCCAAGAUGCAUUCUCAUGAGAGAGCACGUGCUACUAUGAAAUCGUUAUCUGUUAGGGAUAGGCGGAAGUUAAGGUGUCGGUUGUUUUUCACUAAGCGGAUGAACCCCGAAGCGAAAUGGAGGUGGACCCUUUGGACUAAGCUGGAGGAAUUGUUCGAACGAAUGGAGCAAAAUAAUACGGUGUGGAGGAAGAGAGGUAUAAAACACAAGGAGAUGCUAUUGCCGGAGGAGACUGUUGCUCUCCUUGCGGGUGCUACGGACAUGGCUAUGAAGGAAAAUGUUUGGUAUGUCCCUAUGCACAAUGGGUGUAAAGUCCAUGUGCUCCAUCCACGGGAGAGUGAAGGCCAAUACAGGAAGGUUGUAUUGUCUGGUUCCGAGCGAGUGGUGGAGCUGGUCGGGGAUCGUAUUGCGCAUGCAAAGAGCCUUCAAGAAAUGGGUGAUCCUUUGAUCGAUAUCAGAAAGCCACCGAUCCCAGUGUUUCCUUCGAUGGAAACCAUGGCCCGGAAAAAUAUUCCGGUCCCCAUCAUCCGAGGUGUAUGGGACUUUUAUAAAUCCGCUAAGGAUCCUGCGAAUUUGGGAACGCUGCUCCCCCUUUCCCAGAAUUUGUCGAGUGUCAGGGAAUUUGCGGAGCAUGUGGAUGAAGUCGCACGGUCAUCGCCUUCUUACAAGGCUGCUCCAGGGAGCUCCCACCAAAAGCAAGUGGCCAAAUCUCUCCUUGCGUUGUUUCAAAACGAACGGUACCAUGGCUUUUUGUCGACUGCUGCACUGAAUACCGCACUAUCUUUCCUCCUUGACCAUGAGUUUGUGAAGUACGCGCGCAUGAUCUUUCUGAGAGCCGAGCAUGUCGUAACUGUCGACUCCUUUAAUAUCUUGUUGAAGUUUGCGGCUCAGAAGCAGGAUAUGCGGCUGUUUCGCCAGUUUCUGCUAACAAUGCCGCGGUUGAAUAUCCGGCCGAACCCAUAUACCUGGCUUACUUUCCUUGACUGCCUUGUCUCACCCAAAGCAAAGGCGAACCUUGUCUCGCGUAUGAUGCAGAAAGGCUAUCUCAACGAGUCUAGCGCCAUGCGGACGGCGUUGCAGGUGACGAUACAAAAUACUUUUCAUGCACAUCUCAAAAGUGGGAAAAGUGUUGACUCCUUUUUCAAUAUGCUUAUUGACACACAGGGUGCCAAUUGGUUCCCUCCAUCGCUGAUCAAUCAAAUGUUGAACGUUGCUGCCAGGCAGAAGGACUUUUCAGCCAUGGAACGGAUACUCCAAAUAUGCAAGCAGCAAGGCUUUGCUGUCAAGGGUUCUACCGUCAACCAAAUCGUCUUACUCUUUCGCAAGGAUAUCUUCUCCCUCCUCCGGGUCUUGUUUCAAUUCAUCGACCGUCCUGAGCGUGUGCUCACAAAAGAUGCCUGGGAGAAAUUAUUCUUGGUGGCCUUCAAAGGACGACACUACAACAUCUGCCGUGUGCUAUGGAGAUACGCGUGCAUGUACCGAGGCGUGACAUACAACAUGCGACAGUCUGUGCUUACAUCGUUGCUCCGCAAUACAUCAUUUCGAAAGACCGGAGGUCAAUACAAUCAACUUUGGCUCACCAGUGCAGGCAAAGUCAUCGUGGGGGUCGAUCUUCAUCUUCCAAAUUAUCCUUUAGAUGAGUCAUUUUCGGAGCUUGUGCCAUCUGAGUUCAGUCGGAACCCAGUCGCUUCUCUUGCAACUGGAUUCAAGCCUACUGGUGGAGAGCGAGAGAAGCAACAAAUUUUGGCUUCAAAACUGAUAUUACGUGAUACGGAAGUCGGUCCAAUGUACCGGCCUUCAAAGUCAUUGAAUAUCAUGUUGGAGGCUGCAGCCGUACUGGAUCAGGAGUGGAAAUCGGUCCCUCGACCCACACAGUGGUUGAUGCAAAAUGCUAUUAAAGUCUCGGUGAAAAGAAAGUCGGACUAUCUGCAGUGA